AUGCCAUCUUGUAUUGUACGGUUGCUCAGAGAUAUUUCUGAAUGUUACCGGAUGAGAACUUAUGAAGUGCUUGUUUGUGUUGAAAAAGAAAAAAUUCAAGCUGCAGCCAUGCUGCUUACAAGUAAGCAGUUAGUAAUAGAAAGUAGGAAGCAAUUCUUGGCUGAAGCUCGCAUUCUGAAAAAAUUAUCACAUCCGAAUAUUUUACAGUUUUAUGGUGUUAUUAUUACAGCUCUUCCGUUUACUAUGAUUGUUGGACUUUGUCAAAUGAAAUUGCUAACACUUCUACAAAAAAAAGAAGCUCGAAAAGACCAGAAAGCACGCUAUGCAGCCGAAGCAGCAGCUGCACUGAAAUAUCUCACUGAGAAAGGAUAUGUCCAUAAAGAUGUGAAAGCAGAGAAUUGUCUAAUCGAUAGAAAUAUGAAGUUGAAAUUGGCUAAUUUUUGCUAUGCUGGAUCAGACCGGUGCCCACUAUUUAUUCAUAAGGAACCUUUGGAGAGUAUUUCUGUAGGGUGGUUGGCUCCAGAAACCAUGUUGAGACACGACUUUUCUAAGGAGACCGACGUCUGGGCUUUUGGCGUCCUUAUGUGGGAAAUUUAUGAAGACGGCGAUAUACCUUAUCGAGGUCUAUCAAACAUGGAAAUCCGGUCGUUUGUUAUCCACAGUCAAAGACGCUUGCCACUUCCAAAGAAAGCGCCAAUGAAGGUGAAAAAAAUAAUGAUACGUUGCUGGGAAGAAGAUCCAUCUCGACGACCAACAUUUCAAGAACUUGAGUCCACACUGGGUAUCGUAAAGGAUGAGCAUUAA